AAGUGUGGCCUCCCAUGGACACCAAGACGCAGAGCCUUUCCACCACCCAUUCCCACCCCCACAGCUCCUCUCGGUCCCAAGAUCACACCUGUAACCAGUGCAACUGCAGCCAUCACUGCCGGAGCUGCAGCCAGGCAAGCCACCCGAGCUCCAGUUCCAGCCCGAACCCCAGGCCACCACCGAGGCACUCCAAACAAGCCAUGCACUCCCGACACUCAACUCCAAGGUCCAGCCACCGCGGCAGCUGUUCCAAGAACAGGAAGACCUUGGAAGGGAAGGUGAACAAGAGAAAGGUGGUGAGGAGGCGGAAGCGGACACACCGAGCUAAGAGGUGUAGCUCAGGUACCUGCCCAGUGGGGUCUCCUUGAAGGGCAAGGCU